AUGCCGUCUUCAGUCUCGACAUAUUUCAAGGGGCCAAUCGCCACAUUCCAAGAGUCUAGAGAAGACUUCGCCUUCGAAAAUUUGUCUCUCCACGAUAUCUCAGAAGCAUACAAUAUAUUCUCUGUACGAGUCAAAGGGAUCGCAUCUAUUUUUGACGAGCGUUUUCAUAGAAAUGCGUUAGCUCACGUUCAGGACAAUGCCGCCCUUAUCACAAAGUGCUUGAGGAGGGAUAUUCAUCGUGCAUUCACUGAUCCUUUUGUUGCAGUCAGCCAGGGAAACCCGGCAUCGUACUUGGGCGAGUCUGUUCAACCCGCGCUCACUGAAGAGGAUAUAAAGUAUGCGCGGGAUGUGUCCGUAGUCUGCUAUCAAGCGCUAGGGUUAUUGGCAAGCAUUGUGCAAUUUCCUGUCUUUUCUGAACUGUUCUCGAUGACAGACUUGAUCGAGCUCGUGGAUGAAGUCAUGACCAUCGCGCCUGCGCCUUCGCUUCCUGUCAUGAGCAGCAUGAAAGUGCGCUCUUUGGCUGUAUGGGUAUUGACAAGCAUCCGACUACCAGAGCUAUUGAAGCAAAGAAGUUCUCAGCUAGUUUCAGCCCUCAUGUCAGUCAUCGAACGCGAAGACAGCGAGAUAUUGGUUUCGGACAGUCUCAAGGCUCUUCAAACAUAUCUGCACACCCAUCCAUCAUUUUUCGUCGAGCUCGUUACUCGGAUGAUCCCAAUAGUUUUAGAACGACUCCGUUCGUCCUCACAACUUGUUCGCAGUCACGCGGCCAAUACUCUGAGCGCAUUCGUAUUUGCGUUAUUGUCCUUGCCUCAGCCUAUAGGCGAAGCCCAGCGGAUCUUAGCUCAACAAUCCGUAUUUAGUUUCAUCGAAUCGACAUCGAAGCGACAACUUCCAUCUGCCACUUCCAGAUCUACCCUCACUGAUAUCCUUCUGGCUGCACUUCAAUCUAAGCAGACGCAUGUCGCGGGCCAGGGCCACGUAUGGGCACUUGUCGUGCUGGCGUCUAUAAUCGUCCUCUCAGACCGAGAUGUUUUCACCCACGCCCCCACGUUAAGACUUGUUGGAGCAUGUUUCUCGCAUACCAUGCAUUAUCUGGAGGCCGCACUCGCAUUGCACAUCCGCGUAUGGAGAUGCUUGGUGUGGGCAUUUGGUCGCAUGAAAACUCGGUCAGUCUUAGAUCACCCCAAGGGGAACGUGUCGGAGAAGCAGAGGGACACUAUAAGGCGCACCCUUCUGGUGGUUAAGGAUGAGUUGAGAGGUGGCAUUGGAUUAGCGGUAAUUUCAUUGUUACAAUCAAGUUCUAUCCCUUGUCCAGGUCACCACGAAAUGUCACAGCUUGGCUGCGACUUAUCGAUGCUCCUUGCAGUAGUCACCGCUAUGGUCAAGAGUCGCUACAACGCGAUACACGUACAUGGGAGAGGAGUUAUAAAGAAACUCUUGAGCUCGAUCGCUGUUCAUCCUACUGCUUGGGCCAUGGCUGACCCCAUAAAUGGACUCAAUAAAGUCCUUGCAAUGGAGCUUUUUGAUGGGACUGUACUCUGGGCCGACAAGGAUAAACUUGCUACGCUCGCAUCGACUGUGGAUAAUGUCAACGUGGACGAUGUGCGCCCCCUCACCGAAGCGGAAAUUAUAUGCCACUGGGAGGACUUGCUGGAUGUCUGGAUCCUCUGCGUUCGAAAAGCUGCGUCUGCAUCUGGAAUUUUUGCACUCGGGGAUGACCUCACGAGCAUGUGGAAAAGGCUACUUUCCCCUCAAGCCCGUAUCGCACGAGAACACGGACAUCUAACAACACCACCUGAUUUUGUCCACCGUGUGGUCGGUGUCAUUGUAGAUUUCCUGCAUUUUAAGGGGAUGGCAGAAGACGAUAGUAUCGAGCUUGUGCCACUUGUACUUGUAAAAGAGCUUUGGACGAGUGUUGAGAGCAUACUCUCCACCUCUUGGUUACGGAAUAUGUCAGGAAACAUUCUGACCGCCGUGCUCUCGCAUCAAUACAGUCUUGACCGCGAAGAUGUCAAAGUUGCGUGGGGCGAGCUCUGCGCUGUUCUUGUUAUCUCAAGUGGUCCUGAUUUACUUCGCAAGCUCGCGGCGGAGGACGAGGAUGAAAGAGAGAUUGACUUAAAACGAUAUUUAUGGUUCGCAUUAGCAAGAUCAUGGCAGUCAGCGCUCCCGGUCGCAAGCUGGUCAGAUACAAUCUCACUUCUUGCAAUGCCGAUCGGGUUGUGGAACGUUUCAGAUGACGAAAUGGAGAUCUGGAGCGAACUCAUCAGCUUCGGGAUUCGUUGUGCUAGUGUCACAUCAGUCUCCUCAUCUACAAUCGUGGACACAAUUAUUUCACGCGCUAGAUAUUCAUUCGGGAGAUACCCCAUUCAUCCGCAAAUUGUGGUUUCCCUACUCAAGCAUUUGCGAUUGCAUACAGUGGACACUAUACCGUCUCAGUUUUUUUCUUUCCUGAACAAUUUUCUCAAUGACAUGUACCUCCUGCAUGAUGUACACUUGUCUCUGGAGGUCCUCCAGUUGCUCGGGGAUCUACUGUCGACUUGUCCCGGCAAUCUUCUUAUUCCUGCGGUAUCGGCGCUCUCAGAUGGCGUAAGCACCUGGAUACGCGAUGAAGCACACCUUAUGCCUGACGAAGAGUUGAAUUAUAACGUGAUUAUACCCCUCUACUGUGAUACCCUGAACCAUCUAAGAAAUUGUACAUUUACUCGUGAGGCGCUUGAGGACUUGUCCCUAUUCUUUCAUUCUGCGUUCCAUCGUAUCCCUGCCCCUGCACGUGGACCAAUCGCAUUAAGAGACUUCUGGGAAUCUAUCCGUUCGUAUUUGGGACCUCUGAUCUACUGCUUGCCCGAAAACAUCAAGAAUAUCUUGAAGCCCUGUUAUACGUAUCUCGGGGGAACAGCGCCGUCUGAAAUUUCGGCAGACUCACAGCUCGAAUUUCAAUCUCAGUCUCAGGAUUUUGUGCCAGAGACCCCUUUGUCCCAGCAAGGGCUGAAUCGCCCGCCCUGUCCCCUAGCUGGACGACUAGACGAAAAUUCUAUGGUCGAGCCAAGUAUUCACACCCGCGAGGGAUCAAGCACUUCAAGACCUGUGAGUGCGGCAACGUAUCAGAGUCUUGAAGUGCCCUGUGUUCUUCCAGAAUUGACAAAUCAAAGGUACAUGAACGAAACAGUUCGGAAUAUUGUUGCACAUGGCAGGAGGGAAUCAAGUUCCCCGAGCGCCCAAGUGGACCACACCCAUCCGCGCUCAUCUUCUCCAGCUUAUUUGUCGAGCUCGCCGACAACUGAUAAAACAGGAUUGAGCAAAGGCAGGAUGAGACAAGAGCCUCAGAGACUGCAAACCGAAGAAUCAAUCACGCCGAAGUCUCCAAAGCGGAAGCGAUCAAGGUUGGAAUUUCAAUCUUCCAGCCAAGGAGACAGGAUGGACGUUGGUCAAUGCAGUGACGUCAUGGUCCGACCGUAUAGGGAUCCAUCAAGGGAGACCGGAUCAUCAUCCUCUUCUAUCCCCAAGAUCCGUAGACUAGAGGGAUCCCGGAGCGUAUCUGAGCCACGGAGCUUGCGAUGGCGACUCGAUUGUGUCGAAGUUCCGACGUAUGCACAAAUUACGCGAAGACGAGCAAAGUCAAGGUUCCCUCGUACUAGUCUUCGGAAACCUACGAUGUCUAUGAGUCCUGAGGUGCCAAUCCUGACUAAAGCAUCCCUCCCGUCGGUUUCAAGGGCGCUCACGCCGUCAUCGGACGACUAUGCUACUUGGGAAAUGGGUGUUGACUUAGACGAGGUCAAGCGUGGGAUGAUCUUAGCGUCAGAUGACAACGAUAUCCUCCAUGAUGAACCGUCAAACUCUCAAUUAGCAGAGCGAGAGCUUUUCACACCCACUACACAGCGCUACGCGAAGAUGCCAGGUCGGUUCGCUCUGGAUCUUCUUCCCUUCUACAUCUUACAGUGUAGUGUUGCAGAAUUCGAAGAAGCCGUACCCUCUAGCCAAGACGACGAGGCUUCCACCCAGCCGGCUGAAGAUAACUCGGCACCUGGGCGGGCGCACAGUGCACCCGCGUGUACCCUCUCGGGACGGCCGCAAUCUCCAACCGCCACCCCCUUGCGCCGAGUACAUACGACAUCCAACGCGCUUGGCGCUCUGCACAAAGCGUAUGAGGACAUGAAAGUCGCCGGCUCGCAGAUGUCAUUGGAAGAGGUACUCGCUGCUACAAAGCUGGUGCACGAUAUGGAUGGAUUCCUCAAACAGCGGCUGAUGCAACACUUCAACGAAGGUCAAGGAAGCGGUUCACGAUAA